UCUUGUCAUCGUCCCCUGAAUCCUCCACGCCCCCUUGUCGACUGAGGCUGGAAAACCCCCCCAGAAGAGGUUCUUGACGCUUCCGGCAACGGCAGCAGUGGCGGAGUCACUCGAUCUUUUGUGUUCGCUGCAGUGGUGGUGGACAAUCUUGGCCGUCCAAAUGGGUAAAGGUGAAGUGGACUAGGGUACCAAGCUCUGGCAAUACCGUCACCUAAAGUGAUAUCGGAGGCUACCUGAGGGAUGUGCAUUAGUACUCUUGUUUCAUUCUCAUAGAAAUUUUCUGGAUGAGCUUGUAGAAGAAUUCUGCCUGCAAUCUUCCUUGGUCAAUUUCAACAUUAAUUAAAAGUCAGUGUCCAGCCUGUCUUGGUUUCAGGAAUGCUAUCAUUGGCUGCUGCCGAAAAGGGCUGAGUUCACAAUAACUUGAACAACAGAGUCUGUUUGCCAAGAUUUUUUGUGUGUUUUCUAGUCAGUUGUACCGCACACAAUAUUUUCUGAAGAAGCUAUUCUCAACAAUGGAGUCUUUGGCAUCCAGAGUAGUGGCUCAUCUUUUCCCUUCACUUGGUCCUGCACUCGUCAUUUCUAUGGGAUAUAUAGACCUUGGAAAGUGGCUGGCAACUGUGGAUGGUGGGGCUCGAUUUGGAAAUGAUCUGGUGCUGUUAGUUCUGUUUUUCAACUUAACUGCCAUUCUUUGCCAGUACCUUGCAUCAUGUGUUGGCAUUGUCUCUGGAAAGAAUCUCGCACAGAUUUGCAGCAUGGAAUAUUCAAGAACAGCGUGCAUGAUAUUGGGAGUUCAGUCUCAGUUAUCCAUGAUUACUUCAGACCUGACUAUGAUUCUGGGAGUGGCAUAUGGUUUCAAUCUUCUGUUUGGUGUUGACUUAGUGGCAUCUAUCUGUUUUGCUGCAGCUACUUCUGUUUUGUUCCCCCCUUUUGUUGAUCUCUUGAACAAUUGGAAGCCUGAAGCAUCACAUGAAAGCAUAGCUGGAUUUGCUUUCCUCUUAUAUGUGCUUGGAGUUCUAAUCAGUCAACCAGAAAUUCCUCUUACAACAAAUGUUAUUUUCCCAAAGUUGAAUGGAGAGAGUGCGUACUCACUUAUGGCUCUUCUUGGUGCUAAUAUAAUGGCACAUAAUUUCUAUAUCCACUCUUCAAUAGUUCAGAAGCAGAAGAGACUCCUGAAUGUUCCUGUAGGUGCCUUACUUCAUGACCAUUUUUUUGCAAUUCUGUUCAUCUUCACUGGAAUAUCUCUGGUAAACUAUGUGCUGAUGAACUCAGCUGGUGCUGUUUUUGGAAGUACAGAUAUUGAACUCAACUUCCAAGAUAUAUCACUGAUGAUGGAUCAGAUUUUUAGGAUUCCUGCAGCACCUAUUGCGAUUUUCGUUGUCCUUCUUUUCUCUAGUCAGAUUACAGCUUUAACUUGGACUAUCAACGGGCAAGAAAUAUUGCAGUACCUCUUGGGUGCAAACAUCUCCAUUUGGGUUUAUGUUCUGUUAGUUAAAGCUCUCUCUGUCAUACCAGCACUUUUCUGUGCAAAGUAUGCAGGCACUGAAGGGAUAUAUCAAUUGCUUAUUUUGUGUCAAGUUGUACAGGCUAUGUUUCUUCCUUCUUCUGUAAUUCCUCUUUUCAGAGUAUCAUCAUCAAGAUCAAUAAUGGGGACAUUCAAAAUGUCAUGGUAUCUGGAAAUCAUGGCUUUGUUGGCAUUUCUUGGGAUACUGGCUUCAAAUGUAAUCUUCACUAUUGAAAUGUUAUUUGGAAAUAGAAGUUGGAUAAAUGACCUUGGGGGAAGUAUGAGUGGUGGUGGAAUAGUCACAUAUGCUGCCCUUCUUCUUGUUGCUUGUGUGUCAGUGGUUUUUACGCUGUAUUUGACAGUUACACCACUGAAGUCUGCAAGUGACAUACCAGAGACAGAAAUAGGAACCUUGGAUUUGCAGAAUGACAAGCUUGAGCUAUCUGAGGUAGGAGAUGAUGACAUUCAAGAUAAAAUUGAAACCAAUGAAGAUCAGUUUUUAAUGGAACCUGCUUUGGAGGGUACCGUGGAGCAACAUAACGAUGAACCACCCAACCAAUUUGAUACAGCUAUUGACUCUGAUCAUGGUUGCCAUCAACAUGCUCAUGGUUCUGCUGCUUCUGUUACAGCUAUUGAUUCUGAUCACGAUCACCAUCAACCUGUGCAUGGUUUCAAUGCUGAUGAUGCCUUUGUCAACUCAAUUUGUCAAACUGAAGAACCAAAGUUUAUUAAUAAAGUUGACUUAGAAACUGUGGACAAGGCAUCAUCCUCUGCUAGCUUGUUAGAUCUUGGUAAUUUAGAAAGACAUGAGUUUGAUCUAAUGCAAAAAGAUUUGACCUUGGAAGCAGAUAAUUCCAAAGAUAAAGAUAAUGAAGAGAUUUUGGAGCCUAAGGAGUCCGUGGGCGAACCAUUGUCAUCUUCAACAUCUAUGGAUUCUGGAUCGUCUAAUAUCGUUAUGGUGGAAGUUUCUGAUGUUGGAAUUGGGAGUGGAAGCUUAUCAAAGCUGUCUGGACUAGGACGUGCGGCUCGUCGACAGAUGGCAGCUGUUUUGGAUGAGUUCUGGGGACAGCUUUUUGAUUUCCACGGGAAGCCAACGCAAGAAGCUAGUGGACAAAAGUAUGAUAUUUUAUUGGGGUUAGGCUUGAAGACUGUUAGUUCCGCAAAAGUGGAUGUGGGAACAGAGGCCACCAAUUUCUGUACAGAUGCUGACAGGAGAACAAUUGUUCCACCGAACUCGAUAGAUUAUGGCUCUUCCAAGCUGAAGAAUUUUAGUGGAGAGUUGUCUUAUGGGUUUCAGGUAGGGUCCCCAUCUCGGUCUCGAAACAUGCAAGUAUUCAAUACACCUGCACAAAGCUUAUCUAGCAGCCUGCUUGAUUCAAAUGAAAGACAUUAUUCUAGCUUAUUCCUGCCACAGUAUUCUGACAAUCAUGAUUAUCAGCCAGCAACAGUACAUGGAUACCAGAUAGCAUCUUAUCUUAGAGGAAUUGGUGCAGGGAGCAUUCCUUCUCCAUCAAAUGUGUCGUUGGAAUCUCCUACAAUUUCUAAAUCAUCUGCAAGAUUUCCCCCAGGUUUUGGGGAUACUGUUCUGUAUGGUGAUAAGCAAAAUGGACUAGGUUCACUUGCAACAUCUAGUAUGCAGAGUCCAACAUCACCUCGAGUUAGCAGAGUGCAGGUAGAAGGACCAUGCUUCAACCCUUCUUUAAUUGCACCUAGGGAAAAUACUGGCUCUUCUGCUUAUACAAAGAAAUAUCAUAGUUCACCAGACAUUUCUGCGCUUAUUGCUGCUAGCCGGAAUUCCUUAUUGAACGAGGCAAAGUUGGGUGGUCCUGUUGGUCCUAGGUCAUCUUUGGGUAGGAUGACAUCUGAACAACAUCAUUAUUUAAACCCUACCUCCAAUAGUGGAGUUCCAUUAGGUUUUGAUGAAUUCUAUCCACCCAAACUCCGGAGGGAUGUUUUCGCACACCAGUCGAAUCUGAACCCAGACACCAGAUCCCUUUGGUCUAGACAACCAUUUGAACAACUAUUUGGUGUUCAAAGCAGAGAACAAAUUAGAGGGGAUCAAGUGGUUACUAACAAACGGAGCAGUGAUUCCCGAGAUAUUUUCUCUUAUGCAGAGUCGGAGCACAAGUUAUUACAAUCCCUUCGGUUUUGUAUUAUGAGGCUCCUGAAACUGGAGGGGUCAGAUUGGCUGUUUAGACACAAUGGUGGAUGUGAUGAGGAACUAAUUUAUCAAGUUGCAACAACUGAGACGAAUCUUCACAAGGCAGAUGCCGAUGAAAUGACUCAGUUGCACACUGGAAAGCUUCAGCACAUGUUGUCUGUGCAAAAGCUAAGUUCAGUUCAGAGGAAUGGGGAAGCAGAUGCCCCUUACGCUCUGUCCUUGCCGAAUUGUGGGGAUGGCUGUAUAUGGCGAGCAUCCCUGGUUGUAAGUUUUGGAGUGUGGUGUGUUCAUCGAAUCUUAGAGCUCUCCCUUUUGGAAAGUCGGCCAGAGCUAUGGGGCAAGUACACAUAUGUCCUUAACCGCCUUCAGGGAAUUCUUGAUAUUGCAUUCUCCAAACCCCGGGAUCCCCUCAGUACCUGCUCGUGCCUCAAAUUACUUCCAGAAGCUAAGGGUUCCAACCACUCACUGCUAAGUCAACAGCCAAAACCCAUGAAGGAGGCCUUCACGACCUCAAGUAUGAUACUUGAGAUCAUUAAAGAUGUCGAAAUUGCAGUUUCUGGCCGUAAGGGCCGGUCAGGCACUGCAGCAGGAGAUGUUGCAUUCCCAAAGGGGAAGGAGAAUUUGGCAUCUGUAUUGAAGCGUUAUAAGCGUUGGCUCACGAACAAGUCUACCAGAACACACGAAGGUUCUUCGACCCGCAAGAUCCAUGUGACUUCUUCGGUUUUGUAACAUUUAGAACGAUGCUUUUGAUGUGUCGUGAAUCAAUCAUGGUUUUUUCGUUGGAAAACGUUUUCAGGGUUCAGAGUUUGUUAUUCUUUGUCCCUCCAAGUUUCUCUUCCAGUCAAUGUUGUAUAGAAGUACAGAUCAUUAUGCAUAUAGAUGCUAGGAGGUUACUGUAUUUUCAAGAUGUGUGUCCCAAAUUUUCCAUUUUAAUUUCUUGUUGGCCAUAAUUAA